GCCUCCAUCUUAAGGCAGGAAAAACAAUCCUCACAAUAUGCGUUUAAUGUGAACACAGCAAACUAUCCACUAGAUUUCCCUGAGUUUGAGUGACCUACAGACCAGGGUACAGGGAUAAAAGGAAAGCAUGGGGUCUUUAGGCCAUAGCCUGGGUGUGAUGUUGUGUUUUUGGGGGACCGUUACAGGCAAUGCACUUCAGGCUGUUGAUCCAUGUGUUGAGAGCAGCAGAGAGGUAUCAUGCAAUCAGAGGAGGCUCACGGCCAUGCUGGGACAGAUGUGGGACAAAGCAACAGAGCUGGACCUGUCUCAGAAACACCUGAACCUCACACAGCCCAAAACCCUGAGGGAACUGCAGAGGUUUACUCGAUUGGUUAUGCUGAAUCUGUCAGGCAAUUACCUCCCCCUGCUGGAGAGAAACCAUCUCGGCAGCCUUCCAGCCCUUCAGGUCCUUGACCUCAGCAGAUGCCACCUUGCAGGCAUUGAGAAUGGAGCACUUCAGGGAUUUCCCAAGCUGCAAACACUGUUACUGGGCAGUAAUAGACUACAAGACCCCUUACCGGUUGCCCUUCGAGACCUGAAAACCUUAUCCCUCCUGGAUCUCCGUGACAACCGUCUCAUACCUGAUCCACCAGAUUGGCUUAAAGGAGUUGGGAAAGUGUUCUGGCCUGGAAGAUCUGAUGUGGCGGCACUACAGAAUAAAUCUGAAGGACAUAUGCAAAAUUUCAGCAUCCUGACAAAAGUUCAAAGGAGACUGUUGGCAGACCUAGAGGAGGAUCCCACCACAGCAGGCAAUAUCAGCACAAGUGCCAAUCCGGACCAUCCCUCACACAGCUGGCCGUACCUGGUGGCUGUCCUGGUCACGGCAAUCACAGUCUCCGUCCUCAUCGCUCUGGUGGCCAAAUGCAAGCUCUUCUGUCGAUACCUGGCCAGUUACCAGCACACUCGGCUGCGUGAGGGCGACACUGUAAGCCAGUGUGACCCCAUGGGGCUGGAAGUAGGUUUCUCUGGACAGGGCAUGACGGGUCGUGGUGCUCACGCCACCUGCCCUGGUGAGCUGGAAGAUGACGACGGCUUCAUUGAAGACAACUACAUCCAGGCCAGUGAAAGGGAAAGGGCAGCAGCAGAGCUGGAAGAGGAGGACGAUGAUAUUCAGUUUACCAUUGGGUAACAUGAGGGGAAAUGAACAGCAACUGCAAGUUUGUGAGUGCGUUUAUGUUGGCUGGCCUGAUGAGAUAUUGUUGUGUAUUUCUCUUUUUUAUUCAGUAGAUGCCAGUUUUGUUCUCUAAGAGUUGUGUGUCUUUGUUGUGUGUACUUUUCAAGAAUAGAAGUAUUAUUAUGUGAAAAAAAUCCACACAUUGUUACAGUGUGACAUUUAUUCUGAUGAGUUACAAAAAUACCUUGGGUAAGGUCUAAUCUGUGUUACUUUCUUAGAGAGAAUGCACUCCAUGUUCGAGAUCCUAAUCGGAAAGAUCUGAACCGAUCCAAAAAGUCGUAUAUUAAAUGAACGAGUAACCCUAUAGUUUUGGAUGCAAGCAGCCUACGUUAAUUUUUACUCAAAAAUUACGGGAGACCAACAAUUUACACUUUCACUCCGUCGCGCUUAAUUUAUCAGUAGGCUAUAUUGUACAGGAUUUAUUUUAAAUGUUUUGCA